GGUCGUCAACGAGAGCAUGCUCACAGGCGAGCCCAUGCCGGUGCAGCGCUUCGCGGUGGACGAGGGCGACAAGCACCACGCACUCGAGGCCACGGGCGCCCUGAAGAGGAGCUUCCUGUACGCGGGGACCUCGGUGCUGCAGAGCUCCAGCGGGCAGGCGCAGGACCCGGGCAUGCCCGGCAGAGCCAUCGGCAUCGCGGUUGGCACGGGCGCCAGGACAGCGAAGGGCUCGCUCGUGCGAAUGGUUCUGUUCCCGGCGCCGGCCACGUUCCAGUUCACUGAGCAGCUGGCCAAGGUCUACGUGAUCAUGGUCGUGUUCACCUGCACCCUGUUCUGCAUCCUGAUGCUCAAGGACCAGGGGCAUUGGAUCGUGGGCGUCUUCACCGGCCUCUGCGUCCUCACGCAGUCCCUGCAGCCCAACAUGCCGGUGUCCUUCACGCUGGCCCACAGCGUCUCCUCGGCGCGGCUGCGGGCCGACUGCGGCGUGGCCUGCCUCAGCCCGCCGCGGAUACCCAUCGCAGGCAAAGUGCACGUGAUGGUGCUUGACAAGACGGGCACCAUCACGAAGGACUCGCCGCUGCGUAGCUGCCCUUCUCGUCCUCCUUUGUCUCUCUGUGGUUUGCUCCCCCGAUGCCCCUCUUGCGCGUGCUGCCCUCUACCGUACGCAAGAAGGCUCCAGCUUUUGUUGGCCCCCGCUUAGAGCCAGACCUUGGCAAAGCACGAACGCCAG